AUGCCUGGAAUUGUGGUGUUUCGAAGACGGUGGUCCGUCGGAUCCGAUGAUCUUGUUGUGCCGGGAUUGUUCCUGUUCGUCGUGCACGUGAUAUGGUUGACAGUAUUAGCCAUCGUAGCAGGCGUCUUCAGCUACGAUCGAAGCGUGCGAUGCGUCGAACUGCUGUGGUUCUUCCAGAUUGGCUACCUAGGCAUACUGGGGCUCUGUAUCCUGUUGGAGGUGGCGAUCUGCAUCGUAUCGAUGCGGGGUAGUAUUCUGGAUACGGGGCCCCGAGCUGCCAUGCCCUAUCUACUCUACAGUCGGGUUUUGGUUAUGUUAUUGGACCUGACCUGGCUUAUUUUGGGGGCGAUCUGGAUGAAGGACCACUACGUGGACUGCCCGAUCGAGGAACCCAAAAAAAUUAUGGUUGCCGUAAUCGUGUGCAAUAUGCUGAUGAUCUUCUGUAUGAUCACCACGAUCUGGUGCACAUUUGAUCCGGCCGGAAGAUCUUGGGUCAAGAUGAAGAAGUACCAGAGGUCGAUGCGGGAAUCCGAGUCCCGAUUCAAUUACAAAAGAAGCGGCAGCCGGAGUAGAAACUGGCGCCAGAGAAAGGUUAUCCGAGCGUAUCAGGACAGUUGGGAUCACCGGUGUAGACUGUUGUUCUGUUGUAUGGGCAACAGCGACCGUAGUCGGAACUCGUUCACCGAUAUCGCUCGACUGUUGAGCGAUUUCUUCCGGGAUCUGGACGUCGUUCCGUCAGAUGUUGUGGCAGGACUGGUGCUGCUCCGGAAGUUCCAGAAACUGGAACGGGAGGCCAUCGUUCGACAGAGGAAAAACGGAACGUACGAAUUCCUUUCCGGAGUUCCGAUUACUGCAAACACUCAGUUCCUGGCCCUUAACGAUUCCAAGGAUUACGAUCACUUUCAGACCGUAAUCCGGUACAUGUACUUCGCCCAAGGUGCCUACGGGUGGCCCAUGUUUCUGAUGACCCACUCGAAAACGGGCGUCUGCCAGGUGGGAUCGGAGCUGACCUGCUGUCUGUCCUGCUGCCGGCGCAAAUCCGGCGUCGAGGUGGUGGAAGAUAAUUGCUGCUUCUGUAACUACGCCGCACUAAAAAAGAUGCUGCAAGUCGGAGAGAUCGAGGUCAUCUACGCAACCUACCACGUGGACAUUGGGGAGACGCCGUUUUUCGUGGCGGUGGACUACAAUUACGGCAAGGUGGUGGUCAGUAUUCGGGGCACGCUGAGUAUGCAGGACGUCCUGACGGAUCUGAAUGCGGAGGGUGAAUGCCUUCCGUUGAAUCCUCCCCGGGAGGAUUGGUUGGGACAUAAGGGUAUGGUCCAGGCUGCGCUCUACAUCAAACAGAAGCUUGAGGAGGAGAAUCUGAUCCAGCGGGCGCUCGGUCACAAUCCGGCCCGGGGAACGCAGGACUUUGGGUUGGUCCUGGUCGGUCAUUCGUUGGGCGCAGGAACGGCCGCCAUUCUGGCGAUACUGAUGAAGCAGCAGUACGAUGAUUUGCACUGUUACAGCUAUUCGCCGCCAGGUGGUUUGCUGAGCAUGCCAGCCGUGGAGUACAGCAAAUCCUUCAUCACCUCGGUAGUGGUCGGCAAGGACGUGGUCCCUCGGAUAGGUCUCCGUCAGAUGGAGGCACUGCGGGCCGAUCUAAUCAACGCCAUCCAGCGAAGUAUCGACCCCAAGUGGAAAACGAUAGCCUGUUCUGUGAUAUGUUGCUGCUGUGGUCCGGAACCAACGUCCGUCACGGUGAUGUCCACCAAGGACGAAAAUGUCCAGCGAUACGAGCAGGACCGGAACAGCGCCCGCCAAAGCACGGUCCAUCCGAACGACAAUUCGAUCGCACUGACCCUACAUCAUCCGUUGUAUCCCCCCGGAAGGAUCAUCCACAUCGUGCGACAUCACCCUAGUCAAGAAGAGCACAGAUUCGAGAGAGGUUGGAGGCAAAUUCUGAAGAAGCACGACCCGGUGUUCCAGGCGAUCUGGGCCGACAACACCGACUUCGACGAGGUGCUCAUCUCGCCGGGGAUGCUGCAGGACCACAUGCCCGAUCAGGUGCUGGCCGCCCUGAACAAGGUUGUAACGACAAUCGGUCCCAGGAAACCCCAGCGCCAAUCAUCGAACGCCAACUCAUCGAUCGCUUCCGAUACCAUUGAGGGUCUAUUUCAGGAUGCUAGUCAUGCAGCAGCGGUUCAUCAACAACAUGCAAACGGUACGGGAAUCGUUCAAAGUCCGGCAUCGCCUUCGAUGCCUCACAAAAUUUGUUUAGAAACUUCAUUUACUAGUCUCCAAUCGCCGCUAGAUCCACCACAACCGAAUCCACCUAGCAAGGCGUCGUCCAUUGCUGGCAGUAUUCUGGGCGCCCGAAGUCAGCUGUCCAGUGUCGUUGAUGAUAGUGGCCUUCCUAAGAGUCUGUCCGGUCCCAGUGAAGCCACUACUGUGAUCCUGAAUGAGCAGCAGCAGCAUCCGAACAGUCAUCAUCAACAGUUGCGGGCGUCAAGUUCUGCCAGCAAUCCGAGUACUGCCAAAAUGGUCAACUUCAGUCCAUCACCGAACAUCAAUCGAUCAGAUCCAGCAGCGACAGCGUUGAAGGAACGGAAACCGGCUAGCCUCUCGUGGAACGGAACCCGCCAGAACUCUUGCGAAAUCCGGAAAGUAGAUCUCAUUCAUGACGACUGGUUCGGGCUGGCUCCGUUGGCCAGUCCCGAAAGUUUAUCGGAGCUGUCCAGCAUAAGCUCUCGGGCGAGCUUCGGAGUCAAUUUGGCCUCCAGCAUUGAUCGGUACCUGGAAAAGAUCAGCGAAAGCAAAGAGGCCAGCCGAGGAGGAGACGGGGAUCCACUUUUGGAAACGCAGCUUCACACUCCGAAAAUAAUGCGUCGAACUCCCAAGGUCAGUGGAAAUCUGUCGAUGUGCGCAGAGGACGUCAAAACCAUCAACAGCUACAAACGAAUGGGGAAGAUCUUCGUGCUGAAUCGAGCUCCCUCGGAUAGUGAUUCUACUGUUGACAGCUACGAAUCGGCGCACAACGUUAUCGUUCUGGAUGGAAACGGUAUCCUUGGCGUAGAUUCGACCAGCACUUCACCAAUCAAGGAGAACUCCAAGUCAGCGGACAACCUUGGUGAGCUCAACUCUCGGCAAACGUCCAGCUCCGUUACAACGACGUCCAAGAAUGGAGUAACCAAGAAGACUUCAUUCGCCGUCAGUGAUAGCGCAAUACCGCAGGAAUGUACCUCCAACUGCCCUUCGUGUCCCUGUCGAAGAUCUCCGGGAGGACCGUGCUGCCAGAAGUUCAAUCAUCGCGAGUGCUACAACUACAAGUACACCUCGUUCAACAUCUUCAAGUUCAAUCGAGUAAGAGAUAGCGGCAGCAUCCGGGACAGCAAAAGCUCAAGUGACACCUAUCACAGUGCCAUGUCCUCCUUGACGGGCGACCUAGACAGUACAAAUAACUUUAACUCAAACAGUAGUAAUAGUAGUAGCAGUAGGACCUUACAAAAUUCCUGCCUCAAGCCGGGAGUUCUCGAGUCACACUUCCCCGUCUUCCCGGAGGUCUCGUCCGAAGAGAAACUUUCACUUCUGGCUAAGGAAAGUCCCAGCCGAGCUCCUCCGGUCGCAGCAGCGACGACAAUAAACAGUCAACGACUGAACCUGCGAAGUGCGCUUACUAACAACAACAAACGCCACACCGAGGAAGAUGCAAACGUCUUCUCGAGGAACGAAUCCCUACCGCUGUUGGCGAAUCUGGUGGAGAAAUCGUCCCCGACCAACUACGUCCGAAAGAAGAACUCCGUCUACCCGAGCGAAGCCGGCCGCCCAAUCGUGACAGCCGGGUUCAGCAAUGGUGGCAGUGUUGCCACCAUUCACUCGUCUUCGUCCUACUCAUCCGUCGCGUCCUCCCCUAGUCGGUAUCCACCGAACAACAAUAGCAGCAAAAACGAAAGCAACGUAUGAGAUCGUCGCUGACUUCUCUGUUUCACAACAAAACAUUCCUAGUCUAUGACCACCUUCUUGGCGUAGUGUAUUGGAGGCUGAUCUGCUCUCAUAUCAUCCACCAUACCACAGGCUUCGACGUUCGUUCAUCUUUCCAGUUUAUUUUAGUUCCGAAAAAUUGAGCCUUUAAAACAAAAAUACUCGAAAAACAAUGAGCAUCUCGCAGCUUUCAAUACUUCCCGCUUACUGACGAUCGGUAAUUCAGCAUUGUCGAAAGCGUUGAAAGGCGAACAAAGCAAACUUCUAGUCAAAGAACGUAGAGUAUAGUAACAAACUUUAUAGUAGAAAUAAAAAGUAUUACGUGCCAAAUCAGCGAGCAUAACCAUACAGUCACAAAAGACAGCCAUUUGAAAUAUUUUUUGGUUUCGUGUUUUAGCAGUUCAAAAGAAGCGUCAAUUGUCAAUUUUACUAUACACAAUUAGCAGACAAACAUACCAAUCCCAAAAAUCAAGGCAGGCUAGAUUGAAAUCAUUGAAUAGUUAUACAGAAACCAAAAGAGAGAGAGAGAGAACACUUUCAACUUUCACAAACCAGUCAAACUUUUUCCAGUCAACGUACUUUAUAUACAGUAGUAGAGACAAUUAAAAACAAACAACAACCAAUCGUCGAAGGAGACAAGGUUAGACUAGAAUUAAAUAGAAUUUUUACAUUCAAACUUCAACUUUUAACAUUUACUGUGUUAACGAACAACAAACAACAAGCAGCUGCCUGCAGUGAUCACUACUAAUAGCAGAAAUAGAGGAUCAAACUCGAACGGCAGAAACAUGAAACUACGAAAUUAAACUUUUCGUCUAUCUGAGAAGAACCAUUAGCGAAAGAAGGGUCUAUGAAUAUUCUAAAUUUUGUACAUACAGACACUCCCCGGGGCGAUGGUGGUCUCGUCGAAGGAAGCUCGUGCGUCGAUUGUUGAUUGUAACUAUAGUUUGCGGUUGCGUUUAGAAUGCGUGUGUGUCGAAAAGGAGCAAAACCCAUACGCGAGUUACCCGGGGAAUGUGUCAUCCGAGAGAGACAUGGUAACAAUAAAAAACCGAAACCAAAAGAAAGAAAAAUCCAUCUUGAUCUGAAAUCAAGCGAUGUAGAAUCCUUUGAAAAAAAACCGAAACCAAAACUAAAAACAAACAAAAUUUACGAGUAAAAACUUUAUAGAAACCCAAAUAAAUGAAACAAAUCAAACGUGAAGGACAAUUUUAGUGAAAGUUGAUUGAAAGCGGAGAGAAAAAUUUGCCAACGCUCCCCGCAAGCAAAAACAAGCAUUGAGCGCAAAAUUUUUCGAAUUGUAGUGCAAAAUUAAAUUAUGAAAACAAAACUUUAAAAACCUGUAGGAUUUAAUGAAAAUUAAAAAAACAACGUUUCAAUACUAACUAAAAUCCAUCUUUAAACAAAAUUCAAUGAAUGAAACAAAAAAAAAAUCAAAGAUCGUCAGUAUGAAAUAAGUAAAAAAAAUAAAUCCAAAAGAACGAAUGAACAAAAAACCAAACUAAAUCAGUACUUAUUAAAUACCAAAACAAACAGAAAAUUGGCUAGAAAACCAACCAACUCGAGUAUGAAUAUUAUUACUAUUUAGAGUAUAUAUUUGUUAGUUGAUUACACACGGUGGUCUCCGAAUGAAGAAAAUAGAAGAAUGGUUCAAUGAA